GUGGCCUAGGAUGUUUUUAGACUAGACACCACAAAAACGAAGGUGAUUCAAAUUAAGAAUGUACAAGCUAUAGCUUGAUGCGUUGCGGAUGCAACUAAAUAGCAGCAAGCAGCCAAACCCAGCUACUCAGCGUUCCUGCCAGGGUUACCAAAGAAAAGUGUCGGCGAUAGAGAAGUCAACUAUGCACUCGUGUUAUCAACUAAUGAGGCAUACUUCUUUUGGAUUUGCGAACAAAAUGCUCAAUGGAAAUUACGUACCUUGGGAAUACCAUUGAUGAGUACAUGCAAAACAUCCCUAUGUUCGCCGGCGUCGAGAUAAAGCGAG